AUGGCCGGUGUUAAAACUUUCGAAUUAAGAACUAAAUCUAAGGAACAAUUAGAAUCUCAAUUGGUUGAAUUGAAACAAGAAUUGGCCACUUUAAAAGUUCAAAAAUUACAAAGACCAAGUUUACCAAGAAUUCAUACUGUUCGUAAAAACAUUGCUAGAGUAUUGACUGUUAUUAACUUGAAUCAAAGAGAAAAUGUUCGUGCCUUUUAUGCUGGUAAAAAAUAUAUUCCAAAAGAUUUGAGAGCUAAAAAAACUAGAGCUUUAAGAAGAAAAUUAACUAAAUUUGAAGCUUCUAAAGAAACUGAAAAGGCUAGAAAACAAAGAAUUGCUUUUCCACAAAGAAAAUUUGCUAUUAAAGCUUAA